AUGCUGGGCAGGAAGGCAGGUGAGAGCUCCCACCCUUCUCCAAGGCAGACACCAGCAGCAGAGCCCCGGUCACCCACCUGCCCCACGGCGCUGAAGAAGGAGGAACCUCUGGAAGAUGUGGAGUCCCAAAAAGUCCUGACGAAAGGUCCCCGACCUGAGCUCACAGGCUCUCCCGAAGCUGUGACAUGCCAGCCCCAGGUGCGAGCAGCCCCCCAGUCCCCCAGCCCUUCCACCCACCUGCUGCAGAACGGGGCCGGGCGGGGGCUGGAUCCAGGAGGUGCCAACAGGGAGGCUGGGAACGGGGUCUUCCGCCCCCUCCCCAGCGCUGCGAAGCCCCCCCGCAAGCUGCAGUCACACCACUCCAUCAACAGCCAGAGCAGCAAGAAGAGCAAGGGCAGCUCCAAGUCAGCCUCAUCCCACAUCCCUAUUGAGGCACAAGAAGACUGCUGCGUCCACUGCAUCCUCUCCUGCCUCUUCUGCGAGUUCCUGACCCUCUGCAACAUCGUGCUGGACUGUGCCACCUGCGGCUCCUGCACCUCCGAGGAUUCCUGCAUCUGCUGCUGCUGCUGCAACUCGGGCGAGUGCGCCGACUGCGACCUGCCCUGCGACAUGGACUGCGGCAUCAUCGACGCCUGCUGCGAGUCGGCCGACUGCCUGGAGAUCUGCAUGGAGUGCUGCGGGCUCUGCUUCUCCUCCUGA